AACCAGAAUCAAAAGCACCCUCAACCCUUCAUCCAAACCAAAAGCUAAAUCCGAACGAAAGAAGCUAUGGCAACAACGAACCCACCCGCGCCUUCAGAAACCGACCCGAAACCUAAAUCGGAUCCCGAGUCAUUUCCUUACUUCGAGGACAUGAACGAACUCGAGAAAGUCUUCAACCGCUUCGACGCCAACGGCGAUGGCAAGAUCUCCGCGGACGAGCUCGACAGCGUGCUCCGGACGCUCGGAUCCGGCGUCUCACCCGAAGACCUCCGCCGCGUCAUGGAGGACCUCGACACUGACCGCGACGGCUUCAUCAGCCUCACUGAAUUCGCCGCCUUCUGCCGCUCCGACGCCACCGACGGUGGAGCCGGCGAGUUCCGCGACGCCUUCGACCUCUACGACCGCGACAAAAACGGACUCAUCUCAGCUGAGGAGCUCCACCUCGCGCUCAACCGCCUUGGCCUCAAGUGCUCCGUCGAUGAAUGCCGCGACAUGAUCAAGUCCGUCGACGCCGACGGCGACGGAUUCGUUAACUUUGAGGAGUUCAAGACGAUGAUGAUGACCUCCAAGAACCGCGGCGCCACCAAUGGCUCCGUCCAUUAGUCUUAGCCGCCGAUUGAAAUUUCGACGCGUCUCCGGUGGCUACUUUCAGAGUACGAUUUUUCUUUCUUUUUCCUCUUUUACUUUUUCUUCUCUUUGUAUAAUUAUCGUUCUGGUGAAUUGCUCCAGUGAAACAUUAGACAUAGAUCGAAUCCGAAUCAUGAUGGAAAAUUGGAAAUGGAAAAUUUAUUAUGAUUCGUAAGGUCGUGCAUCUGUAAACAAUUUCUUGUUGUUCAUGCUUUUUAUUCUUAGUUUGAAAUUUAGAUUCCCAGAAAAGUUCACUCAAACUAGUUA